AUGUCUUACGCUCGCUCCUUCCUCGCUGCCUUUGGGCGAUCAGUGGAUGUCAUCAAGCACAGCACGGCCUCCGCAUUGCGGAUGGAAGUCACCCCCAAUUCCUCCUCGCAGGGAGCUCUACACAUCUGGUCCAUCUCCAAGCCAGAAGACAUCUCGCAUUAUGCAACGGGAUGCGAUCGCGAUAUCGGCGGGCUGUCAAGCAUGAGGCUGGAUGUGGCGCAGGGUUCCGGUGGGAAAGGUCCGGACGACAUCGACGGGAAGAGGGCUGAUGGGCAUGGUAGAUUUUGGGGAACACUCAGUAGCCAGGUACCCAGGGCGGCAAGGGUGGAGAAGAGCGGAUAUGCUGGAAUGAGGAACAAGAAUCGACCGACACUGUUCGGAGCACAGACAUGGGACGCCUCCCUCCAUAACUACCUCGCCCUCCGCGUUCGCAACUCCCUCGCUCUCCCCUCCUCCUCCGGUUCCCCCCUCUCCUCUGCCCUCUCCACACCCUCCAUGCUCGGCUCCAGCGCCAACAUUGCCUCUCUCACUCCGGCACAAAGAGCCAAGACUGCCCUCGGCUUUGGACUCAAGGAGCCUCCUGGCCCCAAGUACUUUGUCAACAUCCAAACCGAUGGACCUGUCACUUCCGACUUGUUCCAGCAUCGCAUCUGGUUUGAUCCGGGAGCAAAAGAUGAUUGGCAGACGGUGGUGAUUCCGUUGGAGAGCUUUUUGCUGCUCAACACUGGCACUCUCUCCACUAGUCAGCUGUCGAUGAUGAAGCAGGCCAUUAGGACUGUCGGCAUCUCCUGCGUGCUCGACACGCCCCGCCUGCCAGGUAGCGCGAGCGAGGUUCCGGAGCCAGAGGAUGAGCUGGCGGCACAAGCUCAGUCUAGCCCUAUCGAUGAGAGCGACGAUUGGGCUAGCGAUGGAGAAUUGAGAGAGACCAAGUCUGAUGCGGCUGCCAGGGGUAGCAAGAGGGGUCAGAGCUUCAGGUUCGAUUUGGGAAUCCAGGCCAUUCACGCUGUAGGCAGCGUCGAGGAGGCUCAGGAGCUGUGGUCAUGA